AUUUUGCUUUUAAAAUUCUACGUUUUGCAUGAGACUAGGGAAUUUCGUCGAAAAAUUGUCGCCGCGCAAUUCACCAAAACAAACGGUUUGCCAUUCGCCCCGAACGCAUUGGAAUUUGAAUAUCACCACAGCGGACACCGCCUAAAGAGGACAAGAAAGAUCACCAUGGCGCAAUAUUAUUACUUUGACAUAAAACUCAAACUGCGAGAUCCGGAUACUGUGGUUUUGACCCCAGCCCUAUUUCGUAGCUGUGUUCUCAAUGCCUUGGAUAGCUUUUUUUGUGAGGAGAAGCCCACGCUGGAGAUCGUAAAGUUCUGCGCCCAGCAGCAACGCGUUAUUUUUCGAGUCCCAGAGGACCUAUAUGAAAUGACACGCAUCUCUCUGGAUCUAAUAGGCCACUACCAGGAAACGCCAUGCCAUUUCCAGGUUCUCCAAACCUCAAAAUCAGCGCUAGACUUUGAGAAGAACAUUGAGAAGAGUCACGUAAAGCUGCCCGAUACCUAAUAUUAGCGAUUUGACCUCUUAUUAAACACCUAUAAACCUAUGAUUGUGAAAUAUAAUAGCUAACCGUUACGAAAUAUUUAAAAAAUUUGCCAUUCACAACGAAUUAGAGUUGCUUACCCAUGCCAUAGAUAAGUAAUUAGAAUGAUUUCAAAAAUCAUGUAGUUUAGAAAAAUGUAAUUUAAUUAAACAAAUUGUAAUUACAUAUUUAACAAAUAUCAAUCCUUUCUAUUAGUGUUAGGUUUAGGAAAGGGUCAAUGUAUAUUAUUUAAAAACAUGGAAUAUUUAA